GGCAGUGUUUAUAGCCACUUCCUUCUAUGUUUAUAGAGAACACAGUUUCACAAACGAGCUCAACCCCAUUGAUGGUGGCCGGUGUUCUGGGGGAGUCAGUAACUCUUCCCCUGAAGUUUCCUGCAGGAGAGAAUAUUGACUCCAUCACCUGGCUUCACAGUGGAACAUCUGUCAUCUUUAUAAAUCCAAAUGAAGCACUAUUCCUGGUGACUGCUCCAAAACGCAAAGAUAGACUGAAGGUCACCCAGUCCUACUCCUUGCAGCUCAGCAACCUGACGAUGGCAGACGCAGGAUCAUACAGUGUCCAGAUAGUCACGAAUACCUCUUCCAUGUUUUCCAGUUACACUCUGAGGAUCUUCAAGCGGCUGCCAAGGCCUCACAUUAGCGUGGAGUCCAUCACCUCUGAGAACGGGACCUGUCAUGCCACCUUGAGGUGUUCCGUGGAGGAAGGAGGAGAGAACGUCAUAUAUCAGUGGACACAAGUGGGACCAGGGGCUGUU